AUGGCAGGCACAGGGAGCAAUGGCGCGAGAUUAGCUGUCGCCGCCCAUGAAAGCCCAGGUUCUUCCGUCUUCGAUCUUCCAGUCGUCCCGGUCUCCAUGACGGUGAACAGCACGUCGCAGGCUGGCGUUCUAGCCAGCGCAACGACUGAGCCCCACUCCACACGCGACCUGCCUGCAGGAGAACCCUCUUUUCUCGUCAUAUCAGGAGGAACAGGAGGGAAUACAUUCUGCUCUGCUUUCCGGAACGCCUGCUAUGUACUGCCGGUGUCGGACGACGGUGGGUCGUCGAGCGAAAUCAUACGUGUCCUCGGUGGUCCUUCUGUCGGUGACAUCCGGUCGAGACUCGUUCGUCUUAUACCCUCUGCUCCAAUUUCGUCGCCCUUAGACGCCAUUCGACAAUUAUUAGCGUACCGCUUGCCUUCCAGGUCCUCAGAGAGAGACGCACGAGAGGAAUGGAGAGAUAUUGUAGAAGGCCGUAGUCUCUUGUGGAAAGGUGUCCCAUCGGAUCGAAAGGAAACCAUUAGAGGCUUCCUCGUAUACUUUGAAAGCGAGCUAUUGAAACGCGCACAUAAGAACUUCAAUUUCCGUAAUGGCAGUAUUGGAAAUUAUUUCCUUGCAGCUGCGCAGAACUUUUUCAGAUCCUUGCCAUCCGCCAUCUUCUUGUUUUCCUCAAUCACUAAUAGCCAGGCUCAUAUUCUCCCUGUCAUAGUAACCAACCACACAGUCACCAUUGCUGCGGAAUUGGAAGACGGACAGAAACUUGUUGGACAGUGUGAGAUAUCUCAUCCUGUAGUGCCAACCGAACUAGCUUUCCAAGUCGGCGAGGAAGAAGAGCCAACGUCGCCGAUAGAUGGCCUAGGAGAAGUUAUCGCGCCUCGUCAAAACGUGAUGUUCGAGAGCCUUGCCAAAGGAACGCAUGAGCCACUUCCAUCUCGUAUUAGCAGACUCUACUAUAUUAAUGGAUAUGGCAUGGAGAUCCAUCCGUCUCCCAACGGCGAAUUCCUCUCAAGUUUAGCUUCGAAGGACAUCCUGAUAUACUCCUGCGGGUCUUUAUGGACGAGCAUCAUUCCAUGUUUGGCACUACGAGGGGUGGCAGGAGCCAUCGCUCGUUCGUCAUCGCUACGUGCCAAAGUUCUGCUACUGAAUACAGAGAAUGACCGCGAAACGGAAGGAUACACGGCAGUGGACUAUAUCCAGUCAGUUUCUCCGUGCAAGUUGGCAUAUGGGCUAGGAGGCGCGAAUACAACGUAUCCUGUGUCAGCCUUCAUCACAGACUUGGUUUAUCUACGGGGCACCCAAAUCGCGAUAGACGUCAAGCGAAUCACGGUGCGUGUAUUCCGCGACAAGAUGGGACAUGGCGGCUGA